ACCACUCUGGCCUUUUGGCUUAGAUCAAGUGUAGUAUCUGUUCUUAAUAGUUUAACCACUAUUAUGGAGGCACCGCCUCUAUUAUUGGUUAUCUAAUUUUUGCCGCCCUUUUCCUCUGAGCUCUGCUUGCAACUUGGAGGCGAGAUGACCUUGCUACUGCAGUAUCGGCUUGUGUUGUCGGGGGAUUCCCUCUCUCUUUUUGCUGGUCUCCUUCACUUGUCAGUUGGCAAGCAGCGGGGUUCAGCAAAUGAAUUGAGUUGAUCUCUGAAUUCUUAUGAUACUUUAUUCCAUAUGGUAUAUAUGGCUUUGUAAUACUGCCUUCGGUUCUUAUUGUGGUGUAAGUACUUGAUAGUGUUUCUGAGCGAUGUCAAAAUAUUCAGGCUUCUUAUGCAUGUCUGUAAAAUCGGCGUUCCUUCCAAUUCUGCCAACCAUAUUCAUGAGUUGAUUCUCCACCAUAUGAUCUCUAAAGCAUAAUUUGUCGUCUGAAUUCUGCCAUAAUUGCGUCGUCUUCCAGGCCUGCGUAUCGCGCCUCUAGAGUUGACAUGCCAAUGACGAAAGGUGCUUCCGACACGAUGCCGUGCUUCAGUUGUGACCACCACAUAUAUGUUUGCCGUAUAGCGCAGGUCCCUUAGAGCAAGCAGAGAUGAGCGAUCUACCCAAUCCCCUUGUCGACUCACAGACUACUGCGCCCCUCGAGAACAAUCCUGAUGGCAAAACCGGCGUGACCGACAAUGUCGAUUCCCCCGUGAAGGAUAUCUGUAUAAUAGGUGGAGGCCCCAGCGGACUAGCUGCCCUGAGGAUUCUACACGAUCACCCGCUUUACAAAGCGGGUCGUUGGCGGGCAGUGGCAUAUGAAGCAAGGGAAGAUCUCGGCGGUAUUUGGCUGCCAGCUCCGGCGGAUACAGCAGAUCCUCCUUUCACUCCCUUGUACGAUUCGUUAACAACCAACAUCGUUCAUCCAACAAUGGGGUAUCCUGGUUUCCCAUUUCCGCCUUCAACGCCUCUACAUCCUCCUGCGUCUACAGUCCUCAAGUACUUACGAGACUAUGCUGCGCAUUUCAAUCUCUACCCUCACUUGCAAUUUAACACGCUCGUCCAAUCAGUGAAAUGGGAUAAGAGCAGAAAAAAAUGGCAGGUCACAGUACGCAAGACGAAGAUUGCCCCAGGCCUCUCAGGCGAGUAUGCAGAUGAGACGCUGUAUUACGAUCUCGUCGUCGUUGCGAACGGACAUUAUCGACUACCUCGAUACCCAUCUACACCGGGACUCAAAGCUUGGUUAGACUCCGGGCAUGCUACCCAUUCGGUGUACUAUAGAAAUACAUCGCAUCCAUCUAUCACCAAUGCGCGGACUAUCCUUGUCGUUGGUGCUGGGCCAAGUGGCUUAGACAUUUCAUCAGACCUACGUACUGGUACCUCAAAGAACGUCGUCCACUCAUUCAGUGGUGCAAAGAACGAAGAUUUAGACGGCGGACGUUUCAAGACCCGCCCUCGAGUCAAGGAGUUCCUCUCGUUUGACGCCGCUAAGGGCGAGGGCACAGUCUUGUUCGAAGACGGGACUACUGAGAGCGGUAUUAGCUAUUGCAUUCUCGCAACCGGAUACCAGGAUUCGUUCCCCUUCCUGGAACCACCUUCUUCCGACUCUCCUCCGGUCGAAGUUGGCAUACCUCCGGCGGUACCUCCCCUUCCACCAAAGUUGUACAACUCAACAUACCACCUAUUUCCGCUUGCCAAGCAUAUAUGGCCGCUCGUCAGGCCUGACUCGUUCCCACCGUCGAGCCUCGCGUUCCUGGGCUUACCUUUCCGAGUCAUUCCUUUCCCUCUUGUAGAAGCUCAGUCGCGAGCGAUCUUCAAAGUCUUCGAGGACCCUUCAAGCCUAGACGUCGCAAGAGAGGCGGUCGAAAUCGUCUCGCGCUACGAAGAGAUCUCAAAAUCACUCCCACCAAGUGACCUAUAUCCACGCGAGAUCGCCAUAGCCCAACUCUGGCAUUUCCUCGACGAGGAGCAAUUCGAUUAUUGCGACGCGUUGCACGAGUUCGUUGGUGGAGAGUACGCAAAGCCGGAGUGGAAGGUGCCCGGAUGGGUUAAGGAGUUCUAUGAGAAGAAAUUCGUGAUCAGGCAGGUUUGGAGGGAACUGGUGAAGAGGGGCGUGGCUGAUGAUUGGGUAAGAGGUGUAGGGGAAGGUAAGAGUGGUAAAGAUGGAAUGACGGAAUGGGUAGAUUUGAUGAGGAAGAUGUUGAAGUGGGCGGAGGAUGAAAAACUGGUGAUAGAGGCUGGCAGCUGGGGUAGCCCGAAGACUAGACUAUAAGCUCGACGAAUGACCAUUUUUACGUGCCUAAUUGAAGACUACGCUGUCUCGUCGCAUUUCAUAUGCCCAAUUCGCAAUAGUAGUAUGGUGAGAAUUCAUUUUGAAGUAUGAAUUUUUAAAGAUUUAAAUUAAAUGCUGGGCAUGUGGUGUAGUUGGUUAUCACGCUCGCUUAGCAUUCAUGCACUUGCGAGAGGGGUCCGGUUCAAUCCCGGACAUGUCCAUGAACACACAUGAGAUGUGCUGUAUUUUUGGGGGGUCAGGCGUGGGUCUCCGGUGUGGCGCUGUUGCGCGACUAGUAUGCUUGAUCAUGUAAACCAGUAUCUAGUUCCAGGAAACGAAAAAACAGUUGUAGAACAG